CCGGCCGGGAAGGCGGGGAGCGAGCGGCCGUGGAGGAGGAGGGGGAGGCGGCGGCUGCAGCAUCCAGAGCUGGCCCUGGCGGUCGGCGCGCCCGGAGCACAAAGGCGCCCAGCCCCUGGGGAAGGCAAUGAGCGCACAGCAGCCCGGGUCCUGGCCACCGCUGCAGCCCUCGCGGCGUGUGCUCUGUGCUCUGGGGGAAGAAACCGGGUGCUCCGAGGACGGGCGGCCGAGGCGCGGCCCGUGUGCCCUGAGCGCGGGACUCAUCGCUCUCCAGGUCAGGCACUAAGCAUUAGGGCCACGGGGGCAAGGGCUUCCGCGUCCCGCUGAGAUCAGCAGGCACUUCACCACUCGGGACCGGACCUCCGCGGCCUCUCGCCUCUCCUGAGCAUCAACUUCUCCAAGAACGUCCGUAACUCCAGGGCACCCUGCAGAGAGAGAGGGCGCUGCCGCCGGGUACAAGCCGAGGACGCGCCGCUGGCGGAGAAGCAGCAACCAGCAUCCGCGGGGUCGCUCGGGCGCCCCUGAGUGGGCGGCAGUGGCAGCAGACCUCUCUCCCGGGAGUCCCGGACCUGCCAGCGCUGGGGAUUCCUCCCAGGCAGGCGCUCGUCCUCUCUUUUAUGGAGCUUGAGCCCCUGCCACAGCCCAGCCGAGGCUGUGGAGGCCAACCAUCAGGAAGUCUGGUUCCCAGCCCCGGGGUCCAUCCCUGGAUACCAGGAGUGGAGGCUUCUGCGAGGUAGCAGUGGCCAGCAGUGGCCCCAUCCCCAUAGUGAACCAUGGGUCAGAAGCUCUCUGGGAGCCUCAAGUCUGUGGAGGUGCGAGAGCCAGCGCUUCGACCAGCCAAGAGAGAGCUCCGAGGCUUAGAACCUGGGCGGCCGGCUCGGUUAGACCAGCUGCUGGACAUGCCUGCGGCAGGGUUGGCUGUACAGCUGAGACACGCGUGGAACCCUGAGGAUCGCUCUCUCAAUGUCUUCGUCAAGGAUGACGACCGCCUCACCUUCCACCGGCACCCGGUAGCCCAGAGCACAGAUGGCAUCCGUGGCAAAGUGGGCCAUGCCCGGGGUCUGCACGCAUGGCAGAUCCAUUGGCCCGCUAGGCAGCGAGGCACCCACGCUGUGGUGGGCGUGGCCACGGCCCGUGCCCCUUUGCACUCUGUGGGUUACACCGCACUGGUGGGCAGUGACUCUGAGUCGUGGGGCUGGGACCUGGGUCGCAGCCGCCUCUACCAUGAUGGCAAGAACCGGCCUGGGGUGGCAUACCCUGCCUUCCUGGGGCCAGAUGAGGCCUUUGCUCUGCCAGAUUCCUUAUUGGUCGUACUGGACAUGGACGAGGGCACGCUCAGCUUCAUCGUGGACGGCCAGUACCUGGGCGUGGCCUUCCGUGGCCUCAAGGGCAAGAAACUAUACCCGGUGGUGAGUGCCGUGUGGGGUCACUGCGAAGUCACCAUGCGAUACAUCAAUGGCCUUGACCCUGAGCCUCUGCCACUGAUGGACCUGUGCCGGCGAUCCAUCCGCUCAGCCCUGGGCAGACAGCGCCUACAUGACAUCGGCUCCCUGCCCCUGCCUCAGUCUCUUAAAAACUAUCUGCAGUACCAGUGAGCAGCCCUGAGGAUCUGCUGUCUUCUGUGGUCACACAGCUCCAGAGCGUCAGGACACAUCACUGACUUGGAAAAAGGAAUGCCUGUGGCCAUUGCUGCCAUCAGCCAGGACCAGGCGGCCACCUAGUGAACCAGAGUGUAGAGACCAUUUCUUCCUCAAGAGAAUGAAUAAAACAUUCGGCAGGAGACGGCGUCCAGUUCCCCACUGCAGACAGGCCCAGGAAAAUUGGCCAGUGGAGAGAAAAUAGGUUCUGAAUAAUGAAUGACGGAAGCCAGUCCUUGACGGUCUCCUCCAGACCUGCCCCUGGCCAGGGCAGAGAGAUUGUCCUUCCAUUUUAAGACUUGGUACCACUUUGAGAGUCAAGUCCAGGGCCCACAGCAGGGCAAAAACACUUGGCCUUACCUCUCUGAGCUGGCUUCCUCCUCCCUUCCUACCCUCUUCCACCAUGGAUAGAGCUCUUUGGCUAUUCCCCACCCCUCUGUUCAGGGACAUGAAUCUGAUGACUUGCCCAGGGGACAGAGCUUAUUCUUGGGUCUGAUCAUUGUUAAGUAGUGUUUGCAUUUUGAAGGAGGAAUGUGGUAAAGGUGGCUUUCUCCCAAAGGUGCUAAGGAAGAUGGGGCCCUCGUGACACCAAGUCAGAGACACCCCGAGUGCCCAGGGCUCUGGCAGCCAUCAUUCAGGGUGGAGCCUGGCUGUCACAAAGCUUUCUUUGAGCAAAUUAUUUUUUCACAGUAGGAGACUUCCAGUUUGUUUCUCGUUUCCAGUAUGUGUGUGAUGCGCUGUUUAUUUAUCAGCUGGGGCCCCCGUGGUGUGGCCUUGGGACUGCAAAGGUGGAUGUAACAGUCUCUGCAGGACCCGAGACCUAGCCUCUCACAGAAUGUUGCUGUUGCUGCUGCUGCUGCUGUUGCUGCUGCCAGCGCUACCAUUUGGCAUCUUUCGUGUGUUCCAGAUACCCUCCCUCCAUCCAGACUCAGUUUUAACUGGAAAUCGUCACAGAGUGGGAUACAGAGUCAGACAGCGCAGCCUACACUUUAAUGUGAAUGUGACCUUCAAGCAAGGAACAUUUCUAAUAAAGUUUGUCAUUCUGUCCUUGA